AUGUCCUCGCCCUGGAAGAAACAACCGGAGGAAGUGGCGGACUGUGUUCUUAAGCGAGCGGAAAUUGCCCGUCACCUCCAGAAUCGUCUCGCCCUGGCCCAAUUCAAGGCCAAGCAUGGCUGGGAAGAUCUCACCCUUGAUACUAUCGAACCGAAACUCGAAGAAGAAAUGCGCCGCCGGCGAGCUCUCGAACCAGACAACCAUUCAGACUCGUCUUCUUCGAACGCUUCUGACAUGCCGUACCCCUUUCCUGGCCGCAAUAAUGCACUCAUGAGCUCGCCCUUGAAAGCGCCCCUCUUCUCGGAUGCUGUUGGGUCCAGCGGUGGCUCCUCAGGCCAUCGUAAACGCACGUACCUGGCCUCAUUCGACAAUAUUGCCAAUGGCAAUGUGUUCUCGAGCCCGAGCAAAAGGUUCAGGGCGACGCCGACCAAACACAAAUCAUUUUCAAAUAGCGAAGUCAUGGGCUGGAAGGAAUCCCACCAGCUGGCGCAGUCUUCUCCUAUCAAGCCUCGCCGGCAACAACACUUUACGACUGCCACUGGUCCCGAUGUGUCCUUUUUUCACAACCGACACCUUACUGAGCUCACGUCGCCCAAUUUUGCCGCUCCCUCGGACGAUGAUGACGAAUUUCUCCCGGCGCAUUCGUUCAACGUACGCUCCUCGCCGCCUGCGCCUCGCACACCGCCCAUGAACACUCGAUCUCGGCGUAACAAGGAGAACAGCAGCAAAGCGAAUGGCAAGACCGGCGAGGAGGGAGCCGAUCUGCUCAUCUACCUCGCCAACUCACCGUCACCCGCUGUGAAAAAAGGCCGCAAGCUCAUGGAGCCCCCAUCUACCCCCCCUCAGCGAGGCAAGAAUCUCGACCUGCCGUCGUCCAUGAUGAUGACGCCGGGGGGUGGCAAUCUCUUCCCAAACACACCAAGCCAAGCCUUUGACCUUGCUGAUUUUGUCAACAUCACGCCCAGCCCCGCGCAGAAGACGUGGAAAACGCCUGGCGGUCCUGUAGCCGCAAGAACACCCUUGAGCCAAGCAAGACGGAGGCUCACAUUUGAGGAACCUCGUGCUUGA